AUGAGCGCUUUUGAUAACCACAACAUACAUAAUUAUCAAGACCAAGAAGGCAUUAUACAAAUGAUAGUAGCUCCUAGAGCAGACUGGCGUACAGAAUGGGACGACACAACUAUAAUGGUAUUGCUUUGCCUGAUCAUAGAGACAGGAUUUUAUGUCAAGCAUCUCAACAGUGACAGUGGAAGAAAGGCAAGCCUAUGGAGCAAUCUUCACGCCGAGUUUUGCAUCAAUCCUGAUGUGAUACGCUUUGCUGGUACUUCUGCGGGACAUCAGUUUUCCCUGAAAUACAGGGACCUUAAAUAUGUAAAGGAAAGGUUCCAAACUAUCAAGAAGGAAUUCCGCAAAGUUGUGGUCGAUAUACAAAGAGCUGGAUCCGGUGGCCCUCCUCCUCAAGAGAGGUUUCAAUUUUUUGAUGCCAUGAAAGAGAUAACGCUGUUUGACCCUAGUUUUUUCUCACUAAUGAUCAUCAGUUCGUCGAGCAUUUUGGUUGGAGCAAAUGCAGCCCCAGUAAUAUCUAUCCAUCAAGAAGACAGAAUUACAUAUUCCAACACCUAUCUUUCUGGCCCUAAUUUUGUCCCAGAAAUUAUGAAUGCAAUUGAAUGCGGCAUUUCCCCGGUGACAACAGAUCUGGAGCUGUCUUACCAGUCCUCAUUUCGACUCCCUUCUACAUCUGCGUCUGCAACUAUGCCAGCACCAUCAUCAUCGGCACCAGGAAUAGAAAACAGAAGAAUGACGCAAUGUGAGUUCCAGUCUGCCUUCUUGAGAAAUUCUGAGAGACAGACUGCUAUCUUUGAUGAGGCUUUCACCUCCUUAAGUUUGCAGUUGGAGGAGGUGAAAGAUGCCUUCAUCCACUCAGUAGAAUGCCAGUAUAUACACGCUGUGUCAUUUUGGGAGGCAAAUUGCUUGGACAGGGCAUCAAGAGACAAUAACGCAAGAGAAGAUGUCCUUGCAAGAAAGCAGAUUUCCAGGGAUGAUCUUCUCAGCAGAGAAAUAAUCCCAAGAGAAGAAAGAGAAGCAAAAGGCAAAUUGUUAGCCUUUUCAAAAAAAGUGCAAAUACAAUUACACAGUAUCUUUCUGCUUCUUCUACUUCUCACAAUAAUGCAUCUGACUAACAUAUUUCUCUCCUAUGUCUUCUUCUCUUUAUAUACAUGA